AUGGCCAAACGCCCGUGGAUAUUAUUGCUGCUUGCCGGUUGGAUAUCUGGAGUUACCGGGCAAGUACAGCAUCCAUUUCAAGCGGGCGCCGAGUAUAGCACUGAAGAUGAUGUUUUGGAUAAUUCGGACACACCGAGGCUGCAUGGCCGUUUCCUCCACAUAACAGGUGAUACGAUACUCGUCCGGAUCCAGGGGCUUGCCAUUUUGCUGACACGCGACGCGAUAGAUAUACACCCGGAUUCCCAUUACAAGGCUUUUUCCAAUUCCGACUCGCGUCACGACUGUCACCGAGGCAAAGGAGAUGCGGGGUUUCUGGGAUCGGCUGGAACCGAUUGCGACAGCCCCUUUACCCUCGUCAACGCUACGUUCAAAUGGAUACAAGAGAAUCUUCGUGAUUCGAUUGAUUUCGUGGUGUGGACCGGCGAUUCGGCGCGACAUGACAACGAUGAAAAUAUCCCUCGCUCCAAAACCGAAAUCAUCGCAUUGAACCAAGCCAUGGUUGAUAGCUUGCGCGACGUAUUUUCCGAGACAAGCAAAGGGAAAAUGCAUCUGCGGAUCCCAAUCGUUCCCACGAUAGGCAACAACGAUGUGAUGCCCCAUAACAUUUUUCAUGCUGGCCCCAACCGUUGGACGACUACAUACGCCCGCAUGUGGAGUGAGUUCAUCCCAGAAGAACAGCGUCAUUCCUUCGUGCAAGGAGGUUGGUUUUACGUCGAAGUCAUACCGAAUAAGUUGGCGGUAUUCAGCUUGAAUACUAUGUACUUCUUCGCCUCAAAUAACGCUGUUGAUGGAUGCUAUGAUAAAUCUCAGCCCGGAUAUGAACAUAUGGAAUGGCUACGAAUCCAACUUCAGUUUAUAAGAGAUAGGAGCAUGAAAGCCAUCCUGAUAGGCCAUGUUCCUCCAGCAAGAACAUCUUCUAAGCAAAAUUGGGACGAGACGUGUUGGCAAAAGUAUACUUUAUGGGUGAAGCAAUACCGAGACGUGGUCGUCGGUAGUAUGUUUGGGCAUAUGAAUAUAGACCAUUUCAUGUUCCAAGACUUCCGUGAUUUGAAAAUUGGAGACCAAGCCGCCGCUCUGGAACCAGACUAUGAAGCAGAUUCACGCGACAAGAUGACAACACAGUCCCGGACAAGUUACCUUCGCGACCUCCGUGACAUAUGGGCUAAAUUACCGUCACCACCUUCUAAGAGUGCCAAAUUACGCGUGCUUAACAGGCACAAAGAUAUCCUUGGGGCCACCCUGAGAAAAUCGAAAAAGAAAUAUCAUCGACAAAUAGGCGGAAAAUGGGCCGAAAGAUACGCAGUCUCGUUGGUGUCACCGAGCGUUGUUCCAAACUAUUUUCCAUCCCUCAGAAUUAUCGAGUAUAAUAUCUCAGGCUUGGACGACUCCGCACUAUGGACUCACCGCCACAUCAAAGGUGCUGGUGAUUCUCACGCUAAACUUUAUGAAACUUCAUCUUUCGGGAGCACAUGGGAAAGCGACGUGGAACUGUCGAAGAAAAAGCGUCGAAAAAAAAAGAAGAAACAAAAAGAUGGAAAGAAACCACCAAGGUUUACGAUACCAUCACCACCUUCUCGCACGGCGCCACCAGGACCAGCUUAUUCAAACCAGCCUUUCACUUGGUUAGGAUAUACCCAACUUUUUGCCAAUAUUACGGAAAUGAACUCGAAAUUUAGGAUGCCCCCUUCAAGCUGGCGUGAGUACCGGCUGCAGCAAGCUGAAUGGCCGUGGCCCAGCAGCACCACCGGAAACACAUCGUUGAAAUUCGAAGUCGAAUACAACACUCGUAUCGAUAAGCUAUUUAAACUGAAAGACAUGACCGUAAAGAGUUAUUUAAAGCUGGCGAGAAGGAUUGCGAGGAGUCCAGACCUCGCUCAGAUCCAGAAAGACUGCGUUACCUACGAUGACCUCAAAGGUUGCGAACACCACCCACCCCAAGACGUCACCAAGUCGGAAACCGAAAGUCCAGCUCUACAUUCUUUUGAAGAGGGAAAUGGGACAACAACCAUUUCUCGGAGAAAUAUUUGGAAAAUAUUCCUGCGAAGGGCAUUUGUUGGGUAUUUUGAUGAUGAUGAGCUACGCAACUUAAUUGCACGCCCUUAA